CGAAAUAACGUCCACGGAACCGCCGGUCGCACUGGUGUUCAGUACGCGGCUUGAGCUGCCCGUGCGAGGCAGCAGCGCGGAAAGGCGCCAGCGUCUUCAUUCUCGUAAGUUACACGUCCAUGAGCAGCCAGCAACAGACGGUGGUCGAGACUUCACGUGCGCCGCGACGCCGACGCGGGGAUGCCAAACCUUCGCGCAAGAAGGUAACUCUGCGUCCUGGAAUAGUACUAUUCGAUCCGAAAGACCUGGUGGCCAGCAGCGCAGAUGAUUGGACCUCUUCGUUGGACGUCGAGCUGGUAGAGGACAAUCAGGUGGACAUUGAGGACGAUGAGGAAGCGGACAAUGCAGAGGAUAACCAGGAGGAAAAUAUUGACGUGGAUCCGGACUCUCCAGAGGCCAAGCAGGCGAGACUGCGCGCGCUCGUCAUCGAAGAGAUCUGUGAGACCGAGAAAAGUUAUGUGACCGACAUCUGUACGCUCAACGACCACUAUAUCGUAGCUCUAGAGGACAAGACGUACCGCAUCAUGGAGGACGCACAGAUCGCUGUCUUCUUCAACAACUUGAGACAUCUGGUCAUGCUCAACUCGAAGUUACUGGAAGAUCUAGAGGAGAUUCGACAACGACGAGCUGGAGAGACAAAGACCGAAGCUGCGCCGAAGAGUUUGAGCCGCACGAAAAGCUUCAAAAGCGUAGCGGAGAAGAGGAUCGGAGAAGCUACUAAGGGUUUGACACGCACGAGCAGCUUCAAAAGCGUAGCGGAGAAGAGGAUCGGAGAAGCUACUAAGGGUUUGACACGCACGAACAGCUUUAAAAGUUCUAUGCCCGUCGCAGUUCAGAGCGAGGCAGCAGGAGUGGGCGCUAUAUUCUGUCGCUAUGCGCCACUGUUCAAGCUGUACGGAGACUACGCCAAGGACUACGAGGAAGUGGCAGCACUACUGCAGAACUUCCGACGUGAUACGCGUCUGGGCUUCUCGCAAUUCCUCGAUUCCUGUCGAGAGAAAAGCGGCUCGUCCAAACCGUUCGAGAGCUUGUUGAUCAUGCCGAUCCAGCGUAUCCCUCGCUACAAGUUGCUGCUUGAGAGACUGUGCGAGCUCACGCCACCAGAACAUCCAGACGCAUCGUUCCUUACUGAGGCAGUGAGUCGCGUACGCACCGUCGCAUCUGGCAUCAAUGAGACUGUGCGGCGUCAGGAGAACCUCGAGACUGUGCUACAAGCUCAGCAGAAGUUCUCUGGCCAACUCUCGCUGUUUACAGCGGACAGGAGACUGCUGAAAUCAGGAAAACUCAUCAAAAUGUCCACCAAGAGACAAGAAGACGUGAUGAUUCACUUGUUUAACGACAUUUUACUGUACAGUAAUGUGCUGAUCAAUGGCGGCUACCGGGUGCGACGCAUUGUCCACUUACAGUCCAAGGCUGUGGGCGUCAAGACCGAGUUACCUGCUCCUGUUCAAGCUCUGUUUGAUCAGCAGGCUAAGCGUCGUAAGGACUGCGGCUUCGUUGUUACCAGUCGAGAGAAAACGUUUAUCUUGUUCACAGAGACCCCAGAGGCACAGCGCGAGUGGGUAGACGCCAUUGCAAGUGCUGUCAAAGAAGCUCAGAAGCAGAAGAAAGCUGGGACGGGAGAUGAAGCUGAUGGCGAGGGUAACAACCUCGAAUCGUGCGAAGGUCCUGCGGACGCUGCAGCUCUGUGGGUUCCUGACGAGAUGGCUGAGUCCUGCAUCAAUUGCAAGGCUUCUUUCCGUGCGUAUUAUCGAAGAAAACACCACUGUCGUCGCUGUGGAGCGGUCGUUUGUGACACCUGCUCGUCUGGACGUGCACCGUUGUUUGUUGGCGAGUCUUCUCGUACCGAGCGUGUGUGCAAACCGUGCUUCAAGGUGCUGGAUCUUGUGCGUCAAAUUGCAAUGCAUUGGUUGUCUCGAGUUGUAGAGUUUCGUGGCGUGCUGCGACGUCGACGCUUUAACAAGUGGAGUGAGCAUUAUUAUGAGCUUCGAGCAGGUGUACUCAAGCAGUUCACGGUGGAUACAGGUGCAGCUAGCGCAGAUCAGAACGGGAACGCGGCAGGACUUACUAGUUCCGGAAGUAGCGGGAGCGCUCUGACGAACAGCAAUACGUCACGGUGCUGCACCGACGAGCUGAAUCUUGCCGGAGCCAUCGUCAUCCAUCGAUCGGAUAGUCGAGCACACAAGAACCGCUUUUGCUUCCAGAUUUCGACGACCGAGUACGAUGAGACGGAUCCCAAGAACAAAGCAGGCGCCAAUGGAGCGAACGCGCUCAAAGGGAGCCCCAUGCAGAGACGUUUAAGUCAAAUUGCUGUCCGACAAAACAGGAGCAAGCUCUCGCCGUUGAAGCUAGCUGUCAGUCGCUUGAAUGACGCUGUAUCUCGUCGUCGAGAGUCUGCACUCCCACCCGGAGUCUCUGCUGAAGGUGCGAUGCCGCUGGUUUCGCCACCUCCGCUCGUUCCUGCUCCAUCGUCGUCCCCAACGUCGUCGUCGUCUUCGAACGCGGCGGCCAUGCAGGAGACCGAGUGGAUAUUGUGUGCUACAACUAUCCAAGAGGAAGUGGCGUGGCGUGUGGCGAUCCAGAGCUCGGCCGACAAGGCGCUGCACCGCAUGCGACGCUCGCGCGUGACGGAUUUCCCUGGUUCAUUGGCUCAAAGCGGCAUUUUGAGUUUGAGUAUGAGUCUGCCUCCAACCAACGUGCGAGCGUCGAUGUCUGUGAUAACCACUGGAUCGUUUAUCGGCGCUCCUGAACGACGUCGCUUGUCUUCUCUUGAUCGCGGACGUGCCACAGAUGCGGAGCUGUCGAUGGAGAUGGCUCAGGCCGCAGGAGAUGAUCGCGAGGCGUUUUUACUGGAACGUCGACGUCGUCAGAUUCUGAAAGAGGUUAUCCGCUCGGAGGAGAGCUACGUUCAGUGUUUGGGCGAGUGUAUUCGCCUGUUUGUUCAGCCGCUGCUGCUACGUCAGCUUGAGGGACGUCAGAUGUACCGUCGUCGCCAGAAUAAACGCAGAGGAUCCAUGCGCCCUGUACUUGGAACAGUUAAUACUUCGAGCGGGUCUGCAGUUCCAAGUCGAAUCCGUCGUCGAGCGGGAAGCAGCGGCAAUAUCGGCCCAGCAGCAGCAGCGAACUCUGCGUCAACUCAGGCCCCCAAGAUGCUGGUCAUGGACGCCGAUCUGUCCAUCUUUUUCAGCAGCGUGGACCAGAUCUACACGCUCAACCAGCAGCUUCUGGACCAUUUGUCGCGUCAUCUUGAAGAAACCACGACUUCGACACAACCGCCGAAUGCUGAGAAUGGCCAGAAGAAGGGUGAAUCUCCUGAGUUUCCAGGCGUACGAGUGCACCGUGCUGGCGCGAUCUUCCACGCAUAUGCUCCGUUGAUGCAGCUCUACACAUCGUACGCUAGCCGUCACAGUGGUGCUCUAACUGCGUUGGAUUCGCCUCAGUUUGCGGGCUUUCUACGGGAAUUACCCCCUGAGGCCGACGUGAACCGCCUACGACGUUAUCUGAACAUGCCAGUGGAGCGUAUUCCACGCUACAAGAUGCUGCUGCAAGAGCUGCUGGGAUCUACGCCGCCUGAACACGUCGACUACGUGCCGCUGCAGUCAGCUAUAAGCAGUGUGGAUCGAGUCGCCCAUAAGAUCGAGGAGAUCAGUGAGAGACGCGAGAAUGCUCGCACUCUGGCCACUGUAAGUGCGAAAGUGGGGAUUGAUCUCAGUGGUCGACACUUUGUUCGUGACGGGAUGCUGCGCAAAGUGUGUCGUAGCAAGGUGCAGACGUACUACUUUGUGCUGCUAGAGGACGCGAUGGUGUAUGGACGUCAAGGGGGUCUGCACAAGAAGAAAUUCCGCUUGCUCGAUCUGUGGGAGUGCAAAGUGGCGGAAGACACAGAGAUGAUGCCUGGAGUCAUUACGACAGUCGUGAAUUCCAACAAUGCGUUCUGCUUCUAUUCCCCACUCAAGUCGUUCAUCCUGUUGACUGAGUCCGAGGGUGAGAAGAAGGCGUGGACGACUGAUAUUAGCGAGUGUAUUGAUCGAAAUCUCCGUGGCAAGACACACCCGCGUCGUGCUAGUGUUCGUUCCGAGGUACUGACAGACAACGACGACGAGUGCUCGAGCGGAUACGAGCUGGAAGGAGGUUUUGUGAUCAAGAAUGGAUGGCUGAACGUGUCUGGAGGAGCUGCGGGAAGCAUGAGUCCCAGUCCGACUUCAAGCUUUAGUGUUGGCAAGAAGCCUCGACGUCUGUGGAUCACCUUGUCACUGCAAACGAUUUCGCUGGGCUCCACGUUCAAGACUGCGCAGCCAGAGGAGACGAUUCCUAUCGAGUUGUGCGAGGUGGCUCCUCUCCAGAACGAGAAGUGCUUUCGACUGCAGUUCCUGCAGGAUACGGUGAGUCGAUAACUUCAAGUUGCUGUCACUUUAACAUGAUCACUCACAUUUAACGUUGUUUACAGAAGAUGCGGACGCAGACGACGUACGUGUUCGAGGCGCAGGCUCUUGUCGAGAGAGAUGAAUGGGUCCGUGCGUUGACUCAUUGCAUCUCGGGGGGAGACGAGCUGGACUUGCGUCGUCGCAGCCUCAAGACGGCGACGUUGGCGCCGAUCUUUAUGUUCGACAAGGUCUCGAAUGUCUGUACGAUCUGUACGCACAGCUUUGCGGUGUAUCGGCCCCGUCACCACUGCAGAUUAUGCGGGUCGCUCGUCUGCGGCAAUUGCUCAAAGCGGCGGUGGACGCUCUCGUACAGCUCGAGCAAGAAGGCGUCGCGCGUCUGCGAUAGCUGCGCCUUGUCGACCAUGAGCAUCACAAGGUCGUUCGCCGACGAGGCAUAAACGGCAACUGGACUUGCACAAAGUGAUACUCCUGCCACAACACAUCUUCAGAAAGCGCAGGCUCUUAAUGCGCUUGUAUGUUUACUGCCCGUACAAUAUAAUUGAAACCUGUACCAAUUUAUA